CUUUAUACAUUCAGGUUCUAUGAAUCCGUGUGACUCAUGAUACCUUUUAAGUAAUUGUGGUGGACGAUUGCUGUUGCGCGAUCAAUUCUUAUCUCCCGAUUUUCGAAGGGUUGGUGGGCGUGCUCGAUAUGGAAGGUCUACGGGGCUGCGGCCUUAUCCUGCAUCAGUCAGAAUUGAAACCAAAAGAAUGGGAAUUACUUCGUGACUUGGAAAAAAGGCUUGGUGUUGUUUUAUUGGACAUGAGGGACGUUGGAGUGCAGGUUCCUGAUGUAAAGAAAUUGGCAACAUUUCAGCAGCUCUUGGACAACUAUGAUCGAGUCAUUCUAGCUUUUCCUGGGUCUUUUCAACAAGCUCAGCUGGUACAGGCAAUUAACAUGAUGAUGAAGCGCCAGCGCGCAUUUGUGACAGUCAUCUUGUAUCAUAAGGAAUACAUAGAGUUUCCUCAGGAGCUCCAGGAGUGCAACAUCCGAAGGAUAAUGGUAGACCCGAUCAUGAAAACUAGGAGCAAGAUAGCAAUUGAGCUUAAGCAUUUUAUAGAAGAUGACCCAGAAGACCUAAACCUUGCCUUCCUGAAUUUUGGCAAUGGCCUCGCCUGGUCAUACUUUUUUGGAUAUCUCUCACCCAUGCUGCCAGAUUUGGAGAAAAUCAUCAUGGAAUCGCCCUGGCGCAGAGGAGUUGGCAAAGAUGUCCCAGUGGAGAAUAUUUCAAAGAAAAUGCUGAUUUAUCCCAAGGUUGAGAUCAUGAAAAGGGACCUCAGUCUUGGCCGCUUGAUAUUUCACAAGAAUGAGGUACAAGUGAAUAGAGCAGGAAUUGACAGGAGGUACGAGAUUGACAUCAGGGAGGUGAAGUCACAAGAUCAAACAGAGACGUACUAUGGUAUUGCAGACUAUGCCAACUGUUUGCAAAUGCUGAUAAAGCUACGCGAUCAUGGUGUAUCGAUUGGGUUAUUUGACAUGAGUGAAGAAAUGAUGGUGAAACAAGGCAAAUACUUCAGGGAGAGAUUGUGGCUAUUUCUGUACGGUGGAUGUAUGCGGAAAUACAACGAGAAAUACAACAUCCAUCCUUCAAAGUUUCAGCUGAUGAGCUACGACACCCCCCGGGAAACCUCUGAGGACCAGCUGGUGGAAGACCUUUUUCAAAGGACAAAAGAAGCCUGUCGCCCCAGAUCCCCUCCCACAGCUGCUGGCGAGGUUCCCACAGAAGAAAUUGGAAUCAUCUGCCUGCCACGUGUUGAAGAUGUCAUCAAGAGAUUUGUAAGGGAAUUGCAAGAUGGAGCUUCAACCAGGGACCUCCUUGCUGAGCAGGAAUUCGAUUCAACACUUCACAAAUUAAAGAAGGUCUUCAUGGUGCUCACAGAUGAAUUGGUCACCUCAGACAGAUUCGAAGACAUUUUCUACACUAUUCUGCGUCAUGGUUACGAUGUGAAUGACAGGCGGUUGCUGGUGUGUUUGGAUUGUCUAACCAGUGCUACUGCCAGUCACCCAGCACUGCAGCUGCUCUUGCUUUUCAAGCGCAUCAGUUACAGUGAUCCAGAAUGGGAGCACAAGGUCAAGACAGAACUUGAAGGUGUUUCACAGGAAAUCACCUAUGACCUGAUGUUCCACAACAUUGGAGCUGGGUUUGCCUUGAGUUUCUACUAUGGAUAUCUCCACUUAAAGAUUCCAUCUAUGAAAAACGUCGUAGCGGGGACACCGGAACUUAUGCAGAAAUUCGAAGAUCGCUUGAUGUCGUACAAGCUUUUCAUUCUCCACCCCCAUACUUGUCAAGUUCAAAAGAAGGUGUCAGAUGCAGAUUCAAACAUCAUAGACAGAGACGAUGAUGAAGAACUGAGGAAUAUCACGUUCAAAGACAUCACCCAUGAUCGGCGUGUUUAUUCACCAAAGAUGAGCAGCAUUGUUGACCCCGCCACAAGGAAAAAGUAUUUUGUCUUCGUUGAGUACAACACUCAAGCAGAAACCUUACGCAGGAUGAUGAAAGAAGGCUUCCUCGAUGAGGCGCUACUCUCUGCCGAAUGGGAACGUUUCUCUAACAAGCUGAACCAACUCAUCGGGCAUCCAAGGGAACCAUUUGACUGCAAAAACCGCAUGCAGAUCAUCAGAUAUGAUGACAACGAAAUAACAGACGGUUACCUGGCCAAGACCAUUCUUGAAAAGGUCAAAGAGGAGAUAAAGAAGGAAAAUGGUCACCUGCAGCUAGAAUGAGGCUGGGCCCUGUCGAAGACAACACUUAUGGACAUGUUGUCAGGGACCAGGUGACACUGAUAAAUGUAUCGGUUUUGCCUAAGAAAAAUACUUGCUUUAAUACCUGGAGAGGAAAUGAUGACACAAAGGUAACAUACAAAAGAAUAGUUAAAAUCACAUAUGCAACUAGCGGAUCCAGCGUCAGUACCCAAGCCCCAGGCAAAGUCAGCUGGCAAUAUGUCCACAACCUCACAUAUGCAAUUAGGGUAAAUAUCUACUGACAAUCGCGGAGCAAAAUGCUAGAUAUCUCAGCUCAGGACGAGGAUUUAUCUCAAUACAUUGGACAAUAGGGAUUAAUCUAUUGAUGGCCCCUUUACGCUGGCCUAUAGAGGACAUGCGUUUAUUUUCAAUAUAUUAGAAUUUUUUUUUU